UUCUCUUUCACUGUAUUCAUUUCAACUUUCAUCAAUGGAGUCAAAUAUUGCCCCCGACAGGGUUUACGUCCUUCACGUUGAAGCCCAACCCAAACCAAGCCCCCUCCGUAAAAUGGUAGCAGUCGCCUCCAUCGCUGCCGGGAUACAAUUCGGCUGGGCUCUCCAGCUCUCCUUACUCACACCCUACAUCCAGCUCCUCGGAGUCCCUCACAAGUGGGCAGCCAACAUCUGGCUCUGCGGUCCCAUCUCCGGCUUGAUAGUCCAGCCUAUCGUGGGAUACUACAGCGACAGAUGCCGUUCCCGCUUCGGUCGCCGUCGUCCUUUCAUAUUCUUCGGUGCAUUAGCAGUCGCUAUUGCCAUCAUCCUCAUCGGCUUCGCGGCGGAUUUCGGCCGCAAUUUAGGCGACGAUAUAAGUAAGAAAACCCGUCCGCGUGCUGUUGUUAUCUUUGUGAUAGGGUUUUGGAUACUCGAUGUUGCUAAUAACAUGCUUCAAGGACCUUGCCGUGCUUUCCUCGGUGACCUAGCUAACGGUGAUCACCGUCGAAUGAGAACCGGUAAUGCGUUGUUUUCAUUCUUCAUGGCCGUUGGUAACGUUCUAGGUUACGCUGCUGGCUCUUACAGUAAACUCCAUAAUAUUUUCCCUUUCGCCGAAACCAAAGCUUGUGACGUUUUUUGUGCGAAUCUCAAAACCUGUUUCUUCUUCUCUAUUAUCCUCCUCGUCGGAGUUUCUGCAUUUGCUCUUAUCUACGUAAAAGACACUCCAAUAGAAUCAACGCAAACCAAAUCACAAUCAGAGUCCGAAGAUGAUAAAACCGAUUCUUGCUUUGGCGAAUUAGUAGGUGCUUUCAGUGGCCUUGAGAAGAAGAUGUGGAUGUUAAUGUUGGUAACCGCUAUAAACUGGGUUGCAUGGUUCCCUUUCUUCUUGUUCAACACCGAUUGGAUGGGCCGUGAAGUGUACGGUGGCGAGAGCGGUGAAAAAGCUUUCGACACCGGUGUGCGUGCCGGUGCGUUGGGACUCAUGAUUAAUGCGGUUGUGUUGGCUGCAAUGUCUUUGGCGGUUGAACCGUUGAGCCGUUUGGUUGGUGGUGCUAAGAGGUUAUGGGGAAUCGUUAAUAUUAUUCUCGCUCUUGGGAUGGUUAUGACGGUUAUUAUUAGCAAAGCGGCGGAGCAUGAACGCCGUGUCAGUAGCGGAGACACGCCGUCUGCCGGUAUUAAAGCUGCCGCAUUUGUUUUCUACGCCCUCCUUGGAAUCCCUAUGGCGAUUAAUUUUAGUGUCCCGUUUGCUUUAGCAUCUAUUUACUCAACCUCAUCAGGAGCAGGGCAAGGUUUAUCUCUUGGAGUUCUCAAUAUUUCAAUUGUGAUUCCACAGAUGAUAGUGGCACCGUUAAGUGGACCAUGGGAUUCUUUGUUUGGCGGCGGAAACUUGCCAUCAUUUAUUGUCAGUGCAGUUGCGGCGGUCAUCAGUAGUAUUUUGGCAGUUGUCCUUCUACCUACACCAAAACCAGCGGAUGUUGCCAAGGCUUCAAGCGCCACACCCGGUGGUUUUCAUUAA